AUGAGGCCUGAAAUGAGCUGGAAGCGGAGUAUCCUGAUCUUUAUUCCCUACGAUAUUAUCAGCACUAUAUUAUUGUCUUCUGCUGAUAAUAUCGCUGGCCUAUGUGGAGAGAGCACAGGCGCCAAAGAUCUACAACCCGUUGCAAACCUACGUUUUAAUAGAGAUCCCGGCUCGCCAACUGCCGUGGGUUUAGCGCGUGCGUGGCUUAAAACCUGUGUCGACGACCACGAGUCAUGUCGUAGCCAUACACAAGGGUACCGGCCUAGGAGGCUAAUCAAGUCCCUCUCGUAUGCCGCGCUGUCAAACAUAACAGGAGACGGUGCGGGGCUAAAGUUGCGAUCGCAUCCCAUCGUGGGGCUCUAUGAGCCGGUGAAUGUGGAUGCGCUGCCACGAGUGAUUAUAGAUGGGAUUCGAGUAACAUAUGAUCUCGGCCUAGAAUACAUUUGGGUUAGCACUUUGUGCAUCGUUCGAGAUGACGUAGCAGAUAAGCGCCGGCAUAUUUCGGAACUCCAUCAAAUUUAUCUAGGUGCUACCAUCACAAUCGUGGCUGAUAGGUGUGAGAAUGACGACCAGGGGUUCCUUGGCCUGCGGAGCCUACCAUACGACGAGAAAACCACCACAUGUUUUAAGAUCAACUACGAGGCUGCCGGAGGCAUUUCGGGACAGCUGAUCCUCGUUCCAGAACCGUCUCCACAGUUAAGCUUGCGCGGGCCUGGCGCUGGCAGUGCGUGGACAUAUGUGGAAUCCCUUAUUUCUAGGCGAAUUCUUUCUUUGAUUGACUUCAGCGACGGGUUCGUUAACGAUAAGGACAUGCAUCCCUUCCGCGACUAUAACCCGGCAUGGAACAGUAUUAUAUCACCCUUCUCUACCCUUGAGAUGCCCGAUCCUUCUCAACGGCUCGAUCUUCUUUCAGUCAUUGCGCGAUACUAUAGUAUGAUAAAGAAUACGACCAAGGACGAGUACUUUGCUGGGAUCUGGAAGUCAACCCUCCCCCAAAGCCUCCUAUGGUCUAGAGAGGACCAUAUAGAACCGAAACGUUAUCCUGGGCCAUUGAUUGCGCCAUCUUGGUCCUGGGUGGCACCUAAUUGUGGGAUAUCACGUCCGGAAUAUCGGCCUCAUCUGGACGAUUUAUUCGCGGUAGUAGAUCUCUACAUCCAGCCCACCCACGAAGAUCUGCCCUGGGGCUCGAUGAAAUCAACUGAGCUGACACUACGAGGCUCAGCGACGGGUGCUUGGUGGUCCCAUGACGGCUCAAGUUUUACUUCGCUUUCGAAUAUCAUCUCUUUGCAAGAUUUCAACUGCUCCAAUGAUGAAGCGCUGCCAUAUAUCCGGUUUAAGAGCGAUUAUACCCCACCCGAGUUUAUCAAGGGCGACUCAGCUUACGUGGAGGAGGGCGUGAAGAUUGCUCUCAUUCUACUUUUGGUUUCCGUUGAGAAACCUAUUCAGAGAUCAUUAAGCGGUUUGGGUCUGAGGGAGGUAGAAGGCGGAAAAUAUAGAAGAGUUGGCCGUUUUGAUAUAUAUGUAGACUCUGAUGUCCCUACAGCAUUUGCAGACACUCUGAUUCACUUUCUUGGGGAUGGUGUUCGACAGUUUACUAUCAUUUAG